CACAUUUCACUAGAAACACCUUUAACUAAACACCCAACAUCAACCUACACUUGUUUCUGACAAAAUCACAAACAUCUAAUCCACUUCAAACUACCACAAAUGGCAUCAAUGACAAUGGCAUCCACAUUCCUUGGCGGCUCAGCCGCCAUCGCCGCCACCAAGCAACCCUCCACCACCACGAGCCGCCGGGGAUUUGCGGUUAUGGCCAAUGCCUCAUCAAAGGUGUCCGGUGUUGAGAAAGUUGUGGUGGAAGAAAAGAAGGAGAGUGGGAGGAGAGACAUGAUGUUUGCGGUUGCAGCUGCGGCCGCUUUAACCGUGGCCAACGUUGCAUUGGCCGCGGAUGAAGAGCCGAAGCGUGGUACUGAGGCCGCUAAGAAGAAGUAUGCUGUAAUUUGCGUGACCAUGCCCACGGCACGUAUUUGCCGUAACUAAGUAUAUCGGGUUCAUGUCUAUUCUAAUAAUUUUAGUAACUUAAAUUUGUGUAUGGAGCAUAUGUAAAAAUAAUGUUGCUUUUGCUUAUUUGUUUUAUAAUGUUUUGGAAUAGCAAAUGUUCAUUAUAAACAAAAUGUUGUGGUUGUAAAAAGCCAUUUGCCAUUUAUUUGCAGCCGAAAUGCCAUUUGGCCCA